GGGGGUGCGGGGGGGGUUGUGGGUGGAUGCGGGGGGGGUUGUGGGGGUGCCCCCCGACGGCUUCGGGCGCCCGUUCUCCCUCCGUUUCCCUCCCCAGGCGUCUGCAUGAAGCAGCACAAGCUCCUGCUCAAGGCCAUCACGCGAGCCCAGGACCACGGCCUGCUGUGGAGGCGCGUUCCCUUCGUGCCGGUGCCUCGGGACGAUUUCACCGCCCGGCCCCCGGCCGUGGGGAAGACGCCGCCGGCCCCGCAGCUGGCGGCCGGCCGGGCCUGGUACCCGUGGUACGACUGGAACCAGCCCCCCCCGGCCGCCGUCGCCCGCCUCAGGCGCCUCUACAAAGAGCACCUCCGGCAAGAGGAGGGCGGCCCGGCCCCGGGAGGAGCCCCCGGGGCUCAGUGAGGGGUUGGAAGGGGGGGAAUAAAGCGGCUGGCGCCCCG